GUUCUUGUGCAAUUCCGAAAGUGGCAGGGGAAGUAACGCUGUCUGCACGCUAAAUACUUGUUUUCCCGUUAGACUCCGGAGUUUCCGCUGCGUCAUCUGACAAGAAUAUCGUAUUUCAUGUGAUACAAUUUGAGUCGUUUAUUGAUAAAGGAAAACCCUGGGCCUGUAGGCUGUACUUUAUCUGCUAAAGAUGGUGCGCUGUGGUACUACCUUUGUGUGUACAGGUCCCAAUGCACACUGUUGUUUAAGUCAUGGAGAUGAGAUCUGCUGCUACGAUUACUACGUCUAUCAGUACUGGUGGUUCUGGUUCAUGUGGGGCUUGUUCCUUGUACUCAUCCUCAUCUGCUCACUUGCCUGUUAUCGCUUGAGACGUCGUCGCCUUGUACGAUAUGUUGUGCUUGGCGGCUCUGAGCCACCAGCAUAUGGUUCGGUCAUUGUGGGUCACAGUGCGUCUACUGUUACUACGGGAUAUUCUUCUGCAUCCCACGUGCAUCCUGUUGGGUCUUCUGGUGCUUCUGCCCCAGUUGCUCCACCAGCCUAUGCUGCUGCACAGGAGAAGCCGCCAGCAUACUCCCAGCUUUGAGCGUAUUUGCAAGCUCCAGUAAGCAGCAUUGACAUAAGCCACCGAAGAUGAAGUCCUGUUUUAUUUUUACCUGGAAGCUGUUUGGGUUUGUUUUAUGAUUCAUAAGUGUUUAAACACUUAUCAGCAGAGGUAGAAAAUAGUUAUCUUGAUUUUGUGGAACAUUUUCUGUGAUUUUUAUUUUUUAAUUAUUUGUUGAUUUUUUAAAAAUUGUUUGUUGAUUUUUAAAUGAGCUCUGAGUGCUAGUUUUGCAAAAACUAUUGCAAUCAUGUGCAUCAAACGUAAUUACAUCACAUUAUAUUUUUUGUUAUUAUUUUUAAUUCUUCAUUGACCAUAGCAUUUAUUAUCGACCUACAAUGUUUCCUUCUGUUCCUUUUAUGAACAUCUUGUAAACAGCUGUCAUACAUUUUUAAUUCAGAACUUUCUUUAAGCAUUUAACUUGAGUUACAUUCCUAAGCAUGUAGGCAUGCACAUGCGUAUGCAUGCAUUUAUUUGUGUUGCUUUCUGGAGCUGUUCUGAUUCUUGCAUAUUGCAAUCAUUUGCGCCUUUUAGUACUGUAGUUUUGAUUUUUUUGUGAUUUUUCCAGACUUUCACCUUUAUACUUCGUGUGGAGGUUGAUUGCUAAUUUUGCUUUUGUGACUUUAUGUUAGGUGUACUUUUACAUCUUGUAAGAUGCAUUCCUGAGAUUAUAAUGACCAAUUCAUUGCCAGUGCAAAAGAGCAUUUAGCACAUGGCAUUUGCAGGAUAUUACAAAUAACACACUAUUUUCACAAAAAUCUUGCACUAGUCACUAUGGGUUUUUUUUUUAUUUUGACUUGAGAUUAUGUUUUGUGUGGAGUGAUAAAGUGUUGAGACCAAAGCUCACAGGCGUUUUUGCACAUUUUUAUCCACACAGCUCAGAUGUGUGAGCAAAAAGGGAAACAAUGGAAGUUAUCUCUCUAUUGUCUUUAUCUGUGCUGCCUGGUCUGUUUUUCCUGUGUUUGGCAAACAAUUUUUACUUCAGCCUGUCAUUUUAUUGUUAUGGUGUGAAAAACAUUGACACAUUGUUAGCAAAUUUAGAAAUUUGUUUGUGGCUCUUGUUGUGAUGCGUUACAUGAUAUCCAAUAUUAAUAGUCUUAACUAUUUUUUUCUUUUAUAAUUGUGCUUACCUUCAGAGCUUUGGCUGUGCAAUGUUUAUUACUGUGAAAGUUUUGCAGGUUUUGAGGGUCUUUAAUCCAAGAGUUUUUUUGUUUAGGGUGAGUAGGGGGUAUUUGUUGUUUAUGCCAAGUCUGCAGUGAUAACUUUCAUAGAAAGCACCAGCCCUUGUAAACAAAUGUAAAGGAAAAUGAAAGUGCCAAAAAUAAUGUUGUAAAUCUGCAAGUUAUCAUCCCCACUGUCUUGAUGAAGAGUGCUUUACUGCUGUGCGACUCAACUACCUUGAAGUUGUGGCAUGCCAAAAUUGAAAAAUGAAAUGAAAGUUAAUUUUCUCUGUGAGGGUAUUUCUUUGUGCUAUGUGAAUGGAGGGAAAGCAGAUCAAUUGAAAGAAUGCAGAUUUGAUUGCUGUUUGUUAACGUUCUAAUUGGUGAGAAAAUGAAUAAAGACUGUUUGGUAA